AUGAAUGGACACACAAAGAUUCCAUCCCGGCACUUUGAGCCGGCCUCCGUUCAGUUGGACGAAUUCAAAAAAAUAUGUUCGCGCACAUCCGAUACAUCAAGCUACCCGUUGGCCUGUGCGGUGGAGCGGAAUAUCCCCAUCUAUGACCUCGGGGCUUUGGAUGCAGGUCUAACUGCCGCCACGAUCUCACAACUACAAGAUGAAUGGCAUCACAUUUUGCAUUUGGGCCCCGGUGUCUUUGUUCUACGAGACAUGUACCAGCCCGCACGGUACAGUCAUGUGCUCUCCGCCUCGAACGAGGCCUUUGACCGUAUCAUCGCGAGAGAACGCGAAUCCAACACAUCCCAAGGUGACCACUUCGCCGCCAGCGGCAGCAAUGACCGGAUUUGGAACUCUUUCAAUAAGCAUGGCGCCGAAGAUCCGGCCUCAUUCUUGGACUACUACGCCAACCCCUGGCUAGCCGCUGUCUGUAGUGCGUGGCUUGGGCCGGGGUAUCGAGUAACCGCGCAGGUCAAUGCAGUCCACCCAGGCGGAGCAGCCCAAGAAGCGCACCGCGACUUCCACCUUGGCUUCCAGGAGCCGGAUGCGUGCGCACGUUUCCCAGCACCAACACAGCUAGCGACACAAUUUCUCACACUACAAGGCGCCGUCGCUCACACCGAUAUGCCCGUGGAGAGUGGGCCGACGCGCUUCCUGCCCUUUUCUCAAACCUACCCACCAGGGUACCUGGCCUGGCGUCGGCCCGAGUUCCGCUCUUUCUUCCAGGAGAACUAUGUCGCCUUACCAUUGACUCUAGGUGAUGGUGUCUUCUUUAACCCGGCGCUCUUCCACGCUGCAGGAGAGAAUGUGAUGGAUCCAAAUGCAGGUGGGUUCCGCCGCGUCGCAAAUCUAUUGCAAGUGAGUAGUCCAUUUGGAAAACCGAUGGAGACGGUCGACUCGCUGCCGCUGGUGAAGGGGACCUGGGAUUUACUGGUUAAACGAUACCAGGCUGCAGGGAAACAGGUUGCCGAUCAGGAUCUUGACCCGGAGCAGUCCUCACUCGCGGCCCGGGAGAUCAAGGCAUUUAUCCAAACGGUAGCUGAAGGAUACCCUUUCCCUACCAAUCUUGAUCGUCGACCGCCAGCUCCAAGUGGUAUGGCACCGGAAAGUGAACAAGAUGUGGUAUUGGGGGGAUUGGUAGCAGGAUGGAGUUGCGAAGAAGUGGUUGCUGCAUUGGAGAAGAUUCGACGAGACGAGCGAGCAUGA